CUGCUCCCUGUCUGAUCUGGUUGCUGUGAGAAAUAUAUACUUGUUCGCUUCUCUUUUCGCUUUGGACUUGGCAUCUCUCUUAUCGUCUUCUCCCUUCGUUUCACAUAGCGGUUCCCCUGGUGCAUUUGGAGUGCGUUGGUGGGAAAGGAAGACUUUGAAACACACGACUCUGUGGCGCUCGUCAACGGUAUUUUUUUCUUCUCCCCUCUCUCGAGUUAGCUCUCCUCACCAUUCUGGUCUCUCUCUUCGUUUGGGUCUGCGAAGAGGUGGUCUCCAAUCGCGAGUCCAAGGAGGAGACUUUGAAUCUAUUCUCUUUUGUUUAUAUCUUGGAAAGGAGAGACAGAGGAAGGGGCGUCGGAGGAAAGAAGGCACCUUUCACGCUUUCGGGACUUUUUUCUUUGUUCUGGACUCGAAAGCAUCGAAUGGCGCAAGCUCAUGUUCCUAAAUUUGGCAACUGGGAAACUGCUAGCACUGUCCCUUAUACACAAUAUUUUGAAAACGCUAGAAAGAAUAAAGGUGGAGCCAAGAUGAUCAAUCCAAAUGAUCCUGAUCAAAACCCAGAAGCUUAUGCUGAUGAUGUAUCACCAGUACAAGCACCUCCAGUUAGAGCUGGGACUAAUCCUGGGGCUCCAGGAUUGAAGGAUGGACGAUCCACAAGGAGAGAAGAUGGUGAUUUUCGACGAACUACUGAACUUCCUCUCCGUAACGAAGCCAUGGGAAGAAAACCUCCAGCAGAUCCACCUCAUCGGCGGCAUGGAGACCGAGGAAGCCAUGGUCGUUUGCAUGAGAGGCCAGGCAAAAUAAAUGCUGGAGAUCCAUCUUCCCUUCAUCCCUCCUAUCAGGCAAGAUCUGGAAGCAGAGGUGGAGCACAUGCUUCUUCAUUGGAAAGAAAGGUUUCAUCAGAAGGGCAUGGACCUUUUCCCACCACUCCAGGAAGAUCCAGAAAGAAGUCUGGUGGGCAAGGCUAUGAAACACCUGAGAAAGAUUUGACAGUUCCAAGGUUUGGUGCAUGGGAUGAAAGCAAUCCUUCAUCAGGAGAUAAUUAUACCGGCAUCUUUAACAAACUGAGGGAGAUUCGAGCAUCUCCAACUUCAAAUGCUACUGAUGUGCCAUCAUAUUCCAAUGGUCGCCAGAGAGACAGAAGUCCUGAAAACAAGAAAUGUUCGUGCUUGAGCUGGUUAGGAAAGUAAGAACAGAGCUACCAUCGAGUCUAUGAAGGUCCGUGCCUGUAAAUCAUCUCCAAAGAAGGCUGGUUUUAUGGAGAUCUUUUUCUUAGAAAUGUAUUAUUUUUCUGCUUGUGUGUCUUCCUUAUCCUUAUGAGUAUUUAUAUGCGAACGGAUGGACCCUUUUCCUUGGACACAUUAAUAUUUUUCCAAUUAUAUUUGAAUCAUGAUGCGAGGUACUAAGUUGCUCAUUCUUU